UAACUAUUCGUCUUUGCUUCUCUUUGCACCUUCCCUCAAUAAGAACAAAUAAUAAAUAUUCAUCCAAACACCCUUCUCUUUCUUCUUUCAGAAAUUCGAAAGUCAGAGCGCAUGUAAUAUAAUCAUAAUUCGACAGAUAAUAUCGAGUUUGAGUUGGUGGGAAGGGUGUUCGUGAAAAGAACCAAUAAUUAAUUGAUACAUAUUUAGAUUUAGUAGUAUAUAAAGGAGGGGAGGAUAAAGAUUAAAAAGAAAAAUGGAGUCAUCACCAAAAACACCAGACAGCAAAGGAGCAGGAGCAGCAAGUGCAACAAAAUCAUUAAUGGACAACCUUUUAGGACUUCUGAGAAUCAAAAUAAAGAGAGGAGUUAACCUUGCUGUUCGUGAUGUUCGAACCAGUGAUCCUUAUUGUGUUGUCAAGAUGGGUAAAAAACAGAAACUGAAGACGCGAGUUAUAAAGAAGGAUAUUAAUCCUGAGUGGAAUGAAGAACUGACCCUCUCUGUCUCUGAUCCCAGUCUUCCUGUUAAGCUGACUGUAUACGAUCACGACACGUUCAGCAUGGACGACAAAAUGGGAGAUGCAGAAUUUGACAUAAAACCAUUUGUAGAGGCUCUGAAGAUGAACUUAGAAGGCCUGCCAUCUGGCACUGUAAUUACAAGAGUACUGCCUUGCAGGACAAACUGUCUCGCCGAAGAGAGUAGAGUUGUAUGGCAAGAUGGUAAGGUUGUUCAAGAUAUGAUACUAAGGUUGAGAAAUGUUGAAUGUGGAGAAGUUGAACUCCAACUUCAGUGGAUUGAACUUCCUGGCAGUAAGAUUUUGUAGAAUGCGCGCGCAUAUAUCUUGUUGUCUAUAGCUUACAAAACUCUUUUCUGCUCCUACAAUUUAAUGGUUUGUGGGAUAUGGUAAUGGAGUUUGAUAUAUAUAUAUAUAUAGGUCAAGUUUAAUGAAGACCUCUUCACUCUGCACUUAUGUGCACAAGAUUGUAGCUUAGUGGAUAUGGGGUUUGAACUUUUUCAUUUAUAAUCAUGUAAUUCACUGGAAUUGCUUUUGUUAUGUAUGCUGUAAUAAUGAUAAUGCAGUUUUUUGCAGAAAGUUAUAUACUCUUUCUUU